CUUUUGACUUUAUUGUUGUGUUGUAUUGACUGUAUGUCGGGUGCUUUUAAAUAAAUCCAUUAUAUUUUAAUUUUAAUGAAACAGUAAUGCUUGGUGCGAUAAUUUUUACUGUUGUCAUUAGUAAAUAUGUUUCUGCGUCUGAUCAGCUUUGGCGAAAUUUGGCAAAUAAAGAUUUUAUUUAUAACAACACAUAUAAAUAUGACAAUAUCAUAGAUGUGAUUGUGAAUAGCACAAAAACUCAAAUACUUGAUUUCACUGAGGAAUCUGAACUGUUGUCCGGAUUCCCAACUCGUGUCCAUGUCAGCACCAACGACACAACCAAUCUAGAAUACCCACUAUUUGUCACUGCAGUGCAACAGAAAGGGGUGUCAUCAUGGGAGCUGCCCCUAGUGAUUCCUACGCGCACCGCUGUACUUCAAUUCAACGACAUGGCAAGGACGCUCUGUCCACACGACGCAGGGCCAAAUAUAACGGCCCAAAGUCGACCUACAUUGACGUUGGCCACUUCGAGUCCUGAAAAUAUAUUAGUGAAGAUCAAACUAAAGCGUGUUCAAAACUUUUACGUAGAAGUUGAUAAGGAAGUAACGUUAAACAUGACUCCUAGUUCGCCGAAAUAUUACUAUUUUUCAUUUGACCGGGAUCCGUGGAACCUCACCGAAACCAAAAAUUCAACUUACAUUCCCAAGUUCAACUACAAGCCAAAAAGUGUUCUUCUUAUGAUCGAUUCUGAUGACGAUGUGUGCGCCUUUGUUUCCAUACAAAAUAAUUCGUGUCCAGUGUUUGACAACGAAAAGGAUAUGUUGUACCAAGGGUACUACUUCACGAUGUCCCACAAGGGAGGCAUUACAAUCACUCAAUCUAUGUUUCCGCGGGGAUUUUACAUAGUAUUCAUAGUGAAGGAGAGCGACGAAGACUGCACGGGAAUUAGUGAUUCAGAAAGCGGAGUGAGGAAUCCUGGCAGUCGGUUCAAAACUUUCAGGUUUCGUGCAAUGGAAGCGGUGUCGUACGGAGACUAUAUAACGGGCGUUUUGGUCGUACUCGCUCUAAUGUCAUGUGUGGCCUUAUUAGGACCAAUCGGGACCGCCAUCUAUUGCAAGAGUCGAACUCAGCCCAACACACAACACUUACCUGAGCCAGUUAAUACGAAGGGUGUUGAAGAAAUAGUUUUAAAUGAUGAAACUCCUGGACCUUCUAGUUCUCGGACUGAACCGAGCGUUAGCGAAUCAGUACCGGUUUUAAAUCAUGAUAGUAAUGACUCAGACUUGGAAUCGGAGCCGGAUAUUGGCAAUUCGCUACCAAUGCCUUUGAAUGUGGCUGGGCUCAGUCGAGCCUGUCCUGUCGCCCAGACACGACGGUCUAAUAGGUACUUCUGGAGCGCUCUCACAGUGGCGGUGGUAUACGCAUUGCCAGUUGUGCAGUUACUGUUCACGUACCAACGGCUGAUCUUCCAAACGGGUGAUCAAGACGUGUGCUACUACAACUUCCUGUGCGCCCAUCCGUUGGGCGUCCUCGCGGACUUCAAUCAUGUCUACUCUAAUAUUGGCUACGUCAUACUGGGGCUUGUUUUCAUGGCGCAGAUUAGAUGCCGGCGAAAGUUCAGAAACAUUGAUAACCAGGAACUAGGCAUACCGCAGCACAGAGGAUUGCUUUACUCCAUGGGGUUGGCGCUGGUGAUGGAAGGCUUGCUUUCGGCCUGCUACCACCUUUGCCCCAACAAGAUGAACUUCCAGUUCGAUUCGUCGUUCAUGUACGUGAUCGCAGUUUUGUGUAUGAUAAAGUUAUACCAAAGUCGUCACCCGGAUGUAAAUGCUAGCGCCCAUACAACUUUUAUGCUUCUUGCCUUGCUGAUGGCUAUUGGUUGUUUGGGCAUGAUGUACCCCAACAAGUAUUUCUGGACUUUUUUCACCAUAAUGCAUCUCGGCGUAUGCUUCAUACUCACACUGCAAAUAUAUUAUGUGGGUAGACUUAAGAUAGAACCAUCAAUCGUCGUCAAAGCAUGGAAAGGCAUUAAACAACAUGGCCGCUCAGCCUUUAUACCUGUGUACCGCGCCCGAGGGGUCUUACUCGUGAUUGCUAAUAUAGCUAACUGGGCUCUUGCUGGAUAUGGCAUAUAUGAACACGGCAAAGACUUAGCCCGUCACCUCCUUGCCAUUCUACUGGGCAACACACUCCUCUACACACUGGGAUAUGUGGUUUUAAAGCUGGUCCAUAGGGAGAAAAUAUCCAUAGCCACCUUGCUGUGGCUGGCUUUAGCCCACGUCUCUUGGGUUCUGGCUGCACUGUUGUUUACAGACUCGAAGACUCAUUGGUCGCAAACGCCAGCACAGUCUAGAAAUCUCAACGCCGUGUGUUCGGCGCUAAAUAUGCUAGAUUCACAUGAUUUAUGGCAUCUGGCCUCAGCGUCCGCCAUUUUCUUCUCUUUUAAUGCAUUGCUUAUAUUGGACGACCCUCUCGCCGAUACUCCUAGACAUCUUAUACCAGUGUUUUAAGCUAGUAAUUUUAGUGUGCACUAGCUCCUAUACUAUAAGUAAAACUGUUUUUCAGUGACUUUUAUUUCUAAUUAUUAUGUGGUGCUAUAGCUCCUAAGUGUUCCUCAUUCAUUAUAUGAUUUUUUUUCUUUAUUAAUUUUAGUAAUGAACUCAUAUUUCCAGCUGAUGUAAGAAUGUGGCGGAAAGUCACUCCUAUUCUUAUUUGUGCACAUUGUAAUUAACUAUGAUUUUAUAGUCUAUGAUGAUCAUUUUAUUUCUGUGUAGCCAGUUAAAUAAAUUAUUUUUUUACAAUACUAUCUUUUUAGGUAUAAUGCUCUGAAAAUAUUUCAACUGAACUUACGUUUUCUUUACGAAUAAUAUUAUGUUUUAGAAUAUUAACGUUUUUUUAUGUUCCAGUCUUUAUAUUGUUGUUAUGAAAUUAUUCGUUGAUUUCAAUUUAAUGUUUUAAACCUACGAACCUAUACUUAUGUUUUUUAUUAUGAUAUAAAAAUCGGUAAACUGCGGUCUGCGAGUCGGACUCGCACGCGAAGGGAUCCGUACCAUCGUAAGAAGUAACACUUAUUAAUUUUAUUUUAAUUAUUAUGGCGGUCCUUUUGAAAUUUUUAUUUAUUGUUGUUAUAGCGGCAAUAGAAAUAUGUUCACAUUCUGCGACCAUUCUCUACCUAUUACAGUUAACGAGAUACAGCCCGCUGACAGACAGACGGACGCACGACGGAUGGACAGUAGAGGCUAGGGUAUUAUCACCCUUCGAGUACGGAAACCUAAGAAGUUACCAAUCCUUAUGACACUUGAAAUAUAUCUAACCACACUCACGCUUUCUCAUAGGGAAUGUCAAAGAAAUUCAGUAUAUUAUAGCUAAGUAAGAUUUUUGUAUCUACUACUAAAAUACAUUUGAUUGUAGUAAGAUUAAAAAUGACUGUGAUAUAAAAAUGUGCUUGUAUUUGAACAAAUGUUAUGUUCUAGUUUAAGUAUGAUAAUAUAUUAUUAUGCCUGCUCACGUAUGAUUGUUAUCCUAGUUAGAUGUAAGAUUUAAUAAAUUUCAAUUUAUAAAUUU